UACUAGACUGUGUAUUGUAGAUAAAUGGGGAAAAUGGCGAAAGAAACAGAGACCGCUGAACGGUUCAAAACUUUGGGAAUAGAGGACCUAGAUGAAGAAUGGGUGAAUGUUGUAUGGACAAGCGACUUCACAGAGAAUCCAGAGCCUCCGCAGUCGGUCCAGGGUCUUUGGUCCAACCAUCGUGAUGUCCUGAGCUCUUUGGAAGAUGCCAUUGCCUGCUCUACAACGUGGGCCAGGGUAGACUUUGCCACGCUUCCACAAGGAUUUUGGAACGUCCUUUGUGAGAAUGGCAUUGUGCCCAGGGCUCUCCUGGCUGGAUUGCAUCACUUCAUGAAUAGGGUGGACAGCCUCCUUUCGUCGGCAGUAGAGAGAGAAGUUGCAAUAGCAGCUGCCCACUUGUACAUCCUCCUGCUAGAGAUACCAGGUAGCGGAGCCUACCGUGUGCAGCAGCCGAUGCUGUUUGAGGAAGCCCUGGACACCUUCAAACUCUGGCCCAAGACGGAGACCAACAAACGGAAGCGUCCUGAGCCGAGAGGACACCAGAGCUCCCAACAGCAAGCGGGAAAGAAGUCCAGACGGCUCGUCUCCAGUCAGACGGCGUCCCAGAAGACAGGCGAUGGUGGAGAUGAUGAGGAAGAGGAGGAGAUGGAGGAUGUGGUUUCCCUGACAACGCAAGAAGUGGAUCGCAUCCACAGGGCUAUCUACCACACUAUCAAGGAGGUUGUUUUCUUGCUGAGAAAUGUGCCUUUGAAGAGCUCAGAAGAGAUCAUCCAGCACGUCAUGCAACGCUUGACUGAAGUCAGUCGCGUCCCCACGGAGCAAGGCUGGGAUUGCCAGUUUGGGAACAAGAGUUCUUUUGAGAAUGUCCACAGCAUCAGUCACCUGGCCUACCUUGGUCUUGAGGCGUUGUGCUCCGGAUCUCACGGGGAAACCUCUCAUAUGCUACGACAGGUCUUCAAGCAUCUCCUUCCUAACAUCCUCAUGCUGAUAGGUGAGAAUCAAUCCGUUGCAUCAACAAGCAUACCAAAACACAUCCAACAGAUGAAGGAUCAUGCAGAAGCAUUUGCCAGCCAUAUGUACAAGGAGGUUGGGGAGAAAGCUCUGCCGUUCAUGCGUGUUCUUCUUCAGCACAUGUGUGUCAAGGUGCCGGACAAGGUGGAGUACCGCUCCCGAGUCUCGCACACCAUCGCGCGCAUCCUCACUGGAAUGCCGGCUGAAACAGAAGCGAGCUUCGUCAAGUGGCUCUUCCUGUACUCCAAGAAUGCAAAGAUCGGCUAUCGUGUCUUUGCCCUUGAGGUAGUAGGUGCCCUACUGGAGAGACCAGAGAGGCAUUCCACAGGUGAGGCUAAUCAGCAGCAGUUCUUAUCUCAUCGCUUCUUGCUGGACAUCAUGGUCUCCCGCUGCUCCGACAAGGCUCCUACGGUGCGAGCCAAGGCCCUGAGCUGUCUUGCCCAGUUUACUGCCCUCGCUGGUAACCAGACGUCCAACCCCCUCUCAGAUAUUCUAGCUGCCCCUACGGCCAAGACAGGGGCUACUCCUGUACUGGUCCUAGAGCAUGUGAUCAAGGAAGCAACCGCUCAGUCCACCAAAGAUAAUCCCCCCGCAGAGCAAGCUGGGAUUGAAGCAAUGGAUUGUGGUCCGACAGCAAAGGAAGAGGGAUUGUCCCAAUCUAAAGAGGUUUCCAUAGAGGAGGAGCAAGCAGAGAAUAAACGUCCCUCUGAGCUUAAGAAGGGUGCCACCCCCGGGAACUUAUUGGGAGGUUCCCCUGCUCUGCUGUUUGGAGAUGAGAGUGCAGUAGGUUUUGUUGGUAGUAGUGGGCUGCUCAACUGCUUGAAGGAACGGAUCUGUGACGAUAAAGUUGGAGUCCGCAAGGCAGCUUUGCAGGCUCUUGAGAACAUCUUCAAGCUCCAGUGCAUGAACUUUGACCUCCAGCUGCUGGAGAUACUCCGGGAGCGCUGCCGUGAUACCGCCCUCUCUGUCCGCAAGCAGGCGCUAGACUCUCUCACCAGCCUCCUCAAGGAAAGCACAACUGACGAAAGGGUCCAAAGAGUGUGGCUGCAAGGGAUUCUGCCUGCGGUAUCCGACCGAGAAUCAUCGGUCUCUGAGAAAUGCCUCCAGCUCCUACAAGAUCUCGUCUUGGACGGUGUGUGCAGGAAAGGAGUUACAGAGACAAAGAAACAGCUGGCGUGGAGUCUACUAUGCCGGCUCAUGGAACCUGACCUGUGCGACCUCAGGGUGUAUUUCCAGCGAGUGUGUCAGCUAUGGUCCAGGCAGAAGUUACUCACCCCGGCCCUAGUGAGAGGUCUAGCAGAGCACACACAGGGAGAUAACGCUGUGGCUGCCUGGAUGUUCCUCGCCCAAGUAUCUCACUUCUGCCCCCACCUGGACAAGACCCUGGUCCUUGCGACCUGGCAUGACCUGACCUCUGACCUCACCAACAGGUCGGUGAAUUGUACAGGUCAAGGGUCAUCAAACUCUGAGAUCUUGACCAGUGUUCUAUCGGUCAUCGGGGGUUUAGCGAGUCACCUGACGGAGAAAGAGAGGAAAGAUCUGGUGCAGGAGAUUGUCAAGCGUCUUGUGGCGGUGAUGGACACACCUAAUAUCAUGGGAGCGAUGGUUGAAACUCUGUAUAAGUUGUGCCGUGCCUGUGUUGGUGAGAACGAGACCACCAACCCACUCUUGGACCAAGCCUGCAACAAGAUCCUGCAAGCCUGCGACUCCUACCUCUCACAGAUCCUCCUCACUGAGGAUGCGCCCAAGCCGGACGACGCGACGGAGGAGAUGCUCAUUGCCCGCAUCUUCCUGCUGGGCGAGAUAGCCCAGCUCUGCCCCUACAGGAUGCCACGGAGGGUCUUCACGCUAGUCCAGUCCCUACUCGCAGGACCAGGAGCUAUUUCGGAAGGCUCCGAACACCCCAGCUCUCAGGGUCUGACCCAGUUCUCCCAGCAGCCGCUCUCCCAGUUCCGCACCACCGGCUCGCCCGUGUCCAUGGCCGUGCGAGCCCACGGGUUCGUGACCCUGGGGAAGCUCUGCCUCCAUCACGAGGGCCUCGCCAAGCAGUGCAUCGCCGCCCUCGCUCGGGAGCUGGAGAUCGCAGAAGACGCAGCCGUGAGGAACAACGUGGCCCUGGUCAUGUGUGAUCUUUGUAUCAGGUACCCUAAUCUGGUCGAUCGCUACGUGCCUAACCUAGCCGCAUGCCUGAGAGACAAGGAUAAGCUAGUCAGGAAACAGACGCUCACUCAGCUCACCCAGCUAGUUCUGGAGGACUAUGUCAAGUGGAGAGGACCGCUUUUCUACCGUUUUGUGUCUGUCAUCGUGGAUGAGGUGGACACUGUUAGAGACUUUGCUGAGUAUUGUUUGGUUGAGCUCCUUCUCAAGCGCCAUCCUGGUAUGCUGGUGCAGCAGUUCGUUGAGAGCAUUUUCCAUUUCAACAAUUAUCAAAAGCAUGCAGUCUUCAAUCAGUUCACCCAGUCGGAACGAGAGAGGGAGCUCUUCAGUCUCGAAGGGCGUGAGAACUCGGACAAGAGGAUGACCAUCUUCAAGUUCAUGCUCAAACACAUGACUGACGAACAUCGCUUCAAACUCACCGCCAAACUUGUACAGGAGGUUCUUGGAGCGUUUGUGGAUGGAGCCAUUCCGCUUGACAGUGAGUCCAGCAGCGUCCUUCAAGAUACACUCCAGAUUCUCUGCUGUAAGGAGAUGAAGCUUGCCUCUCUGCACUCCAAGCAAGCUAACCCAGACGACCUCGUGGAGGAGAUGCAGAUGGCUGAAGCUGUCAUGGCCCAGGCAAAGACCAAGCUCAUAUCACAGGUGGUCAAGAAGAACGUCAUCGAGAACAUCAUCCCCGUCAUCAUCGCUCUCAAGCACAUGUUGGAGGCGAAGCAUUCUCCGUUGCUAGGCGACCUGAUGCUCUAUUUGAAAGAACUGAUGAAGGAGUAUCGCAAUGAAAUCAAAGACAUCCUGUCCGCCGAUCGUCAGCUCGCCUCAGAGAUUGAGUUUGACCUGCGUAAGUUUGAUGAGCAGCAAGCAGAAGCAUCCAAGCAGGCCGUGCAGGAGAAAGAUCAGGAUAAUACACCAGGCAAGGGAGCAGCGGCAGCGGCGCCCAUGGCUGACGGGGUGCAGAAACCUCCCACUCCAGGACUACCCAAGACACCACAGCUGCUCUCACCAAAAGCAGUCGCAGGUCGUUCACCCCGAGUCAUGAGACAGAGCCCGAAGACGCCUAACGCCAAGGUUGCUCCUACCAAAGAGAGACUCCUUGCUGCGCAGGCCAUCGUCAACUCCGCCCGUCGAGCCUUCGCGACCGCCAGGCGUGCCAACACCCCCAGUAGCAACACCCCAGGUACCAACGCAAGCCCAAGGGUGCAAGGCAACACCCCUCCGCCACCCCAGCCCCAACCUGAAGAGGAGAUAGAGGGGGCAGUGGAAAAGGGCGGGGCAAUUACUGGUAUCGAGGAGAGGGUUCGAAGGGUUCGUGUCAGCGAGGACAUCACCCCCGAAGCUGGCCUGCGAUCACCAUUGAGGGAAUCCUAUGAGCAGAAUACCUCAAAGGAAAGUGUCUCAGACCUCCAGCGAGCCAUCAGCACGCCCGAUAAAACCAUCGCUAACAUCACCUUCCAGGCUGCCAUGGACAUGAGCAUUAUACCCCUGUCCUCUCCCAUCCCGACCUCCCUACCUAUCAGGGUCUACAGCGAACACCAACCUGCCAAAGGUACAAAGAGUUGGGCUCCGCAGCUGGACUCUCACGAGGAGGUCAAGGUCAAGCAAGAGAAUCUCGUCCUAAUGUUCUCCCCCGAACAACCAGCUCCCAAGCCCAGACUCUGGAACAUCACCUCCCCUCGGGCUGGCCAGAAGCAGGGUAGUCGUCGACCACCACCGGCAGACUCCCAACCAUCAUCGACCUCCUCCGACAAGACGGAACCGGCGGGAAGACGAAGCAGAAGACGAGGCCCGUCCGAGAACGUACCCGAGCCGGAGAGACGACGGAGCGGCCGAACUACAAAAGCUCGCUGAAACAUUGAUAAAGUUUGACUGUAUGAUUGCUUCCUAUUAUUGUGGCUUGUUUUUUUUAUACAAAAAUGUACUCUUUUGACCACAUAGUCAAUAUUACCUUAAAGGUAAUACAAAAUUUGGGGAAAUUUUGAAAAUUGGCUGGAUUGGAUAUAUUAUAAGCACUAAAA